CCAGAACUCCGAAUGAGGCGGUUGUGUCCUGUGUUAACGUGUCUUCCCGCCUUUAACAGCCGCGAUUAAAAGAACAAUGGACACUACGUCACGUUAAGGUAGCAAUGACGUAACUAAAAGUUCGGCAAGCAUCCAAAAUGGACGGAACCCUGCAAACUGAAUUUGCGACAAAACCCAAGAGAGGAGUGUACCUUUCCAAGGGUCUUGCAACAGUGAUAUUUGUUAUUUUCUCUCUAGCGCUCGUUGCUACUGCCUUCAUAGUAUAUAACUUCGCAGCCUGUCCAAGGACUGAUCAGUUAGCAAAUGUGACAAAAUAUGAACUAUCUCACUGUGACCAAUCAAAACUAUUAGUGAUACCGUUAAGUACAGAACCUAGUGUUAAUAUAGAAACAACAGCUUUAAUAGAAACUACGACUCAACCAGAGAAAAAUACAGUUAUCGAUGUACGGUUACCUUCAAAUAUCAAACCAGACCGAUACUAUUUAAAAUUAACGCCGUAUAUAUUUGAAGGUAAUUUUACGUUUGAUGGUGAAAUUAGUGUAAUAAUAACGGUUAGAAAUGAAACAGACACGGUUACGUUUCACGGUGUAGAGUUGACGUUCAUUAGUAUAGAAUUGUUCAAGAAGGAAGACGGUAGGCCAAUUAAAAUUCUACAGAGAAGGGAAGAUGUCUCAAAGCAAUUUCACAUACUGACUACUGAAGAGACGUUAAAAGCAGGUCAGCAGUACGUUUUGAAUAUAACGUAUGUGGGGAUUCUGAAUGAUAAUUUACACGGAUUUUAUAGAAGCUCCUAUGAAGAAAAGAAGGACAAGCGAUGGAUAGCAGUAACACAGUUUCAAGCUACGGACGCGAGAAGGGCCUUUCCUUGUUGGGAUGAGCCCGCUCUCAAAGCAAAGUUUACAAUUAGUAUAGCUCGACCAGUAAAUAUGAGUUCCGUAUCCAAUAUGAAUAUUGUUUCUCGUGAACCUCACAAAGUCCUGAAGAAUUACAUCUGGGAUCAUUAUGCUGAAUCUCUACCGAUGUCAACGUAUUUAGUUGCGUUUGCGGUAACUGAUUUUGGCAAUAUGAGCUAUAACAACUUCUCAGUUUGGGCUAGAAAGGAAGCAUUAUCAUCUGCGGCCUACGCUCUAGAUAUUGGUCCGAAGAUACUGAAGUUUUUGGAAGAAUACUAUAAAAUCAAAUUCCCAUUGCCGAAGAUAGAUAUGAUUGCGCUGCCAGAUUUUAAAGCUGGUGCUAUGGAGAACUGGGGAUUGUUAACAUUCAGAGAAAUAGCAAUGCUAUACGACCACGGCGUCUCGCCAACCACGGCCAAAGCUCGCGUAGCGUCCGUGGUAGCACAUGAGAUCGCGCACCAGUGGUUCGGGAACCUGGUCACGCCAGCGUGGUGGUCGGAGAUCUGGCUGAACGAGGGCUUCGCUAGCUAUGUGGAGUAUGUAGCUGUUGAUGCGGUUGAAAGCACUUGGAAGUUGAUGGAGGUUUUCGUGUUAAAUGAAGUUCAGAGCGUUUUCAAAUUAGAUGCUUUGACUUCAUCCCAUCAAAUUUCUGUAGAAGUUGGAAACCCAGAGGAGAUUGGCGCUAUUUUUGACAAAAUUUCAUAUGGAAAAGGAUCAGCUAUACUCCGUAUGAUGAAUCAUUUCCUCACUGAUGACGUCUUCAACGCCGGUAUAACCGACUACCUGAACGCCAAGAAGUAUGGUGACGCAGAACAGAAGGACCUCUGGAGUGCUCUUACCAAUGCUGCAAGAGAAAGGGGCAACUUUGACGUCGACGUUGCAAUUAUCAUGGACUCUUGGACGCUUCAAACUGGCUUCCCAGUACUUACGAUAACCAGGAAUUAUGAUACUGGCGCUGUUAGUUUUAGACAGGAAAGAUUCGUCCUGAUAAACAACACAAUUGACGAGAAUCCAGUGUGGUGGAUUCCGAUAUCUUUCACAACAGCUUCCGAAAAAAACUUCCAGUCCACUCAACCGCAGUUAUGGUUGAAGGGAGAACGAUCUGUUGUUGUCGAGAAUAUUUCUAUCAGCAAAGAUGACUGGAUUAUAGCCAAUAUACAACAGACUGGUUUCUAUCGCAUUAACUACGACCAACGUAACUGGGAGAUGCUUAUCAAAAUUCUAAACGAUCCGAAACGAUUCGAAGAAAUCCAUCCGAUUAACCGAGCACAGAUAAUCGACGAUGCUAUGAAUCUGGCUCUUUCUGGAAGACUCGAUUACAGAGUAGCUUUGGAUAUCACGAGCUAUCUGUCACAUGAGAGAAGCUAUGUUCCGUGGAAAGCGGGAUUGGUGGCUCUGGGGUAUAUAGACACUAUGUUGUCUAAAGGUGCUUAUUAUCUGGAAUAUCAGCGUUACGUGCUCCGUUUGCUACAUGGUACUGUAGCUGACUUAGGGUGGGAUGUAUCUCAGAACGAGAGCGUAGUUAGAGCCCAGCAUCGGGUCGACAUGUUGUCUACAGCCUGUCACUUGCAACAGGCGGAAUGUUUGGAACAUGCGGUGCGAAUGUAUACGAACUGGAUGUUACACCCGAACCCAGAUUCUUUUAAUGAAAUCCACGCAGACAUUCGAAGUACGGUAUACUGUGUGGGAGUACAGGUGGGAGGUGCGAGGGAGUGGAACUUCGCGUGGGAGCGAUUCGUCGUCGCCAGCGUGCCCUCUGAGAGGGAACUGCUCCUUUCCAUACUGGGGUGUACCAGGGCACCAUAUCUGUUGUACAGAUACUUAGAACUGUCACUACGAAACGACAGUGGUAUUCGUAAGCAGGACACAGUGAGAGUGUUUUCCGCUGUAGCAAGUUCGUCCAUCGGCGAACCGAUCGCUUUCAACUAUGUAAGAGAUAAUUGGAAGAGGAUUAAGGAAUAUGUUGGUUCAGUAUCAACUCUCAACUCCAUACUGAAGUUGGUUACGAGAAGAUUAAACCAAGUUCACGAAUAUGACGAGCUGACGAGAUUUGUCGAUACACACGGAAAGCAUUUGGGAAGACCGGUGCAACAAGUUCUAGAAAGAACUGAAGCAAAUGUCCAAUGGAUGGAGCGGAACUAUGACACCAUCGUUGAUUGGUUGUUAAAAGCAGAAAAAAAUACUACUAAAUAAUACAUUAAGUAAUUAAUAGAAACAGAAAAGAUUAGUAUUAUCUAUUAUAAUUUUUAUAACUACAUAAAAAAUAUUUCGCCUAUGUAUAGAAAUGCGAAAGAAUGUAUUAUUUUAUGAAAAAAAGUAACACAAUGGUUGAUUUAUAGUUUUAUCUAUUUCUUUAAUGCUGGGAUUUUAAGGAUGCCAUUAUACAUAUUUUAAUAUCACGGUAUAUACGGUCUAGUUCUUAGAUUAAGGAUUGGUAGGAUUGGUCCUUAAUCUAAGACCUAGUUGAUAAAUUUUCUGUAUCAUGGUAUAAUUAUAUAAUAUGACAUAUUGUAUAAAUCAUUUACUAAGAGCCAAACUAAAAACAAGCAUCGAGAAAAUAUUUCAUAGGAUGUAUCUCAGUUACAUUAGUUUAUUUUAUUUUAUUAUAGGCUCUUUCACCUAAUUUAUGAAGUUGUAAAAAAGGUUAUCAGAAAAUUCAUCAGCAAGUGGAAAUGUAGGUAAUAAUAAAUCUAUAUAGGUACUCUGUAUUUGGUCUCAUUGUUAUUUUGUAAACGAAUGGCAAGAAAAAAAACACUUACAUGCACAAUGCAUAUUAUGUCGUGGCCAUAUCGUUAUAGAUUUGCUCAUUUCAUAAAAUGAUUGAUAAUUUCGUGAAAUGGUUGCAUGUCAUGAUGUGGCCAACAUAGUAUGACCAGAUCGUAAAAUCGUUAAUGUUUAACGAUUUUGUCAUCCACAUUUGGCCAGAUCGUAUAAAAUAUAGGGAGUCGUUAAAAUAUAAAAAAAUAUAUCAAAAUAUGUAAAGAACUUCUUCAAUGUCAUUCAAGUUAGUGCCGCGGCAGCGACCGGCGAGUGCUAGAAGCGGUUCGUUUUUUGAAAUAGGAAACAUUACCAAUAAAUAAUAAUUAAUGUAACUAUUUUACGAUAUGAUCAAAUAAUUUUGAUCAUUUCAUGAAAAAACCGCUUAGUUGGCCAUAUCGAUAAACGAUUUCUUAGCAUUGAUCUGCUCAAACCACAUCAUGAUGUGGCCGAUAGACAUUCAACCAUUUCAUGAAAUGCGACCAUUUUACGAAAUGAUCAAUCAUUUCAUGGAAUGAGCAAAUCUACGAUAUGGCCACGACAUAUUAUAAACUAAUUAUGAAUAGGGUCAUUUAAUAAAUUAAAUUGAUUGUAUAGCAUAAAUGUGAAUAUGUUCACACUACUUUUAGUGCUUUAUCAUUAAGUUUAAUUAGUUAUUUAUUACGUAUUAAGCUAGUCAAAUUUUAUAAAAGUAUUUAUAAUUAUAUCUUGUGGUACUUUUAAUUUAUUUUUAAAUAACUCUUUAGUAUAGAUACUUUAUUUUUAUACUUAAAGGUAGCAGAAGUUCAUUAUAGUAUUUAAAUUCAUAAAAAUCGUCAACAUCGUCUUCACAUUUGCUAUUGUAUUAUUACGUGCACAUAAUAUUUAUUAUGCGUCAGUUUUGUCUUAUCCGCCAUAAUAAUUACAAAUAUAUAACUAAAUGAUGUAAAUAAAGUCUUUGUUCAAA